AGUAAAUUAUAAAUUUCUUGUGUUUAGGUACCGUCAUUCCUUGAUAGUGAUGCAGAUAUUGACAAAACUGUGCGAACUUGCGUAGAUUAUCUGCUGAAUCUACAAACAACGACUGGCAAUUUUCCAUGCUCAAUGGAUGAAGUAGAUCGUUCUGGACGAAGCCUCAGAGAUAGUGACGACGAGUUGAUACAUUGGUGUCACGGUGCUUCUGGCAUUAUCUAUAUGAUGGCGGCAGCGUAUUUGCGCUGGAAAGAUCAGCGUUACCUGGAUUCGUGCAAACGCGCUGGCGAUCUCGUUUGGCGCAAAGGCCUUCUUCGUAAAGGACCUGGGAUUUGUCAUGGCGUGGCGGGCAAUGGCUAUGUUUUUCUCCUUCUAUACAGGCUUACCGGUGAUGAGCGUUAUCUUUAUCGUGCCGCUAAAUUUGCAGAUUUUAUGAAUUUGCCACAGUUUCAAACUGAUGCACGCAUUCCCGACUCGCCAUACUCACUUUAUGAGGGCAUUGCCGGUACCGCCUGCUUUCUCGCUGAUCUUAUUGAACCAGACAAAGCCCAUUUUCCUUUCCAAGAUGUAUUCUAAGAUUCGAAUAGUAAAAAAACAAUCUCUGUCUUUAUUACGUUAAGCAUACUACUUUAUAAAUAACAAAUUGAAAAUAAAUUAUGUGAAAUUAUA